GUAGGAUGGCUGAAGCAAGAGUUUGGAGGCUUCCUGAUUGAGAAGCAACGCGAUGCUAUCUACGAGAUACCAAUACAGAACGCUCGUUUUAACGGCUACAUCCAAGCGACUCUACCUCAGGGGUUUCCUGAGAGUUAUCCGCCCUUCUUCCAGGCUUUUCCAUCGGUAGGUUCGAUUUGUUCUCUAAUCGUGUAUCUAUAA